GGCAACCGCUGUACACACAGCGCGAGCCCGGCGGCCCCUCGGGCUCCGUCGGCGGCCCGGUGGGGCCAUGAACCUGGGAGAUGGGCUGAAGCUUGAAACUGAAGUGCUGGACGGGAAGCCGAGGCUGAUUUUAGCCGCUUCUGAUAAAGCAAAGCCUGCAAUGAAGAUGGGAAAUAAAGCCAAAGGGUCUAAACAGACUUUGAGAAUAAGGCAUACUGAGCAUAUGCUGAGGUCAACACGAAAUGCUUGCAUCAAUCAGGAAAACUUAGCAAAAUCAAGGAGUGGAUCGAGCUUAUCAGUGUCAAAAGGUGAAAGAGUGCAAGUAACUAAACCUUCCUCACGUGAAGCUACAACUAAAGAUCACUCUUUGAUUUUCCAAAGAGACACCACAAAUAGGAAACCUGAUUCUGAGAAUCUUAAUGUUCGAGAAAGUAAACACGAAGCUCAGAAUGCACAUAUAUCAGCUGAAGACCUAAGAAGUUUGGUGUGUUUAACACAAGAACAGCUUCAGCAGAUUUUGAUGAUUGUAAAAGGAGAAACUAGGCACAUCUCUGAGACUCCCAGUGAAAAGCAAGAGGAAAUAGGCACUAGUGAGGCAUCAGAAGAAACCGUUGUAGCAUUGCUCCAAAACACUUGUGAAAUUCCAUCUGUUCCAGAUGAGCCUAACUCUAAUUCAAGCAGGAAAGAAGAGUCAUAUCCACAACCAAGAGAGAAAGUUAUAAAAGAGUCCUGGAAACCCGCUGACAUGUUUAGUACCUUGGGUGAAAGAGAAGGAGAGAAAGCCUUAUUAGAAUCAAGAAAGAGCCAGUGGAAGAAGGAAUUAGAUGAACAAGUAGCACUGAAGAAGAAACUGAAAGAAACCUUGGAAGGAGAUGUGAUUUAUUUAGGGGCAAAAUCUGGCAAUGAUAAAAACCAUACAGAAAAAAUGGAAACAGCUGACCCAGAUAAGGAAGUUGUGCUACAGGAGCGACCUUUGAGUGCUUUGAAGCAUGAGCAACAGAAGAAGUGGCUUGAAGAGCUGGACAAACAGAAGGAAGAAGCUAAGCUACGAAAAAUAGAAGAAAAAAUGAAUUUAUCAAAGGCUGAAGAGCAUGACAGAUGGGCAAUGCAUUUUGAUUCUUUAAAGAACCACCUUAAUACUAACGCACAACACCCCUUAAAUGGAAUGUACAAAAAGCAGCCUGAAAGUCUUUGCCUGUCACCUGACCCUAAGGAGCUGACUGCUUUUGUUCACCCUUUCUCACCUGCAGCUCUAGGCAACUUCAUGCCCUCAAAAGUGGAAAAUGCAGAAAGAGGUGCUAAAAACAGUGCUUUGGAUCACAGUCAGAAAACCAGUUUCCUUCGUUCAAUGACAGCUCUCCUGGAUCCUGCACAGAUUGAAGAGAGAGACAGACGGCGGCAGAAGCAGUUAGAACAUCAGAAAGCAAUAAUGGCUCAGGUAGAAGAAAAGCGGAAGAAGAAACAACUGGAAGAAGAGAAGAGAAAAUUGGAGGAACAAGAGGAAGAACAGCGCCUAGCACGAGAAAAAGAACUGAUGCAGAAACAGUUUGAAGAAGAUCUGCUUAAACAAAAACAGAAGGAGGAACUUGUGGUUCUGAAAACAAAUGAGCUCUAUCAGACAAUGCAGAAAGCUCAAGAAUUAGCCCAGAGAUUAAAACAGGAACAGCGCAUCCAGGAUUUGGCUCAGAGGGGACAUGACAUUUCAAAACUUCAGAAGAAUCUUGAUGGGGGUGGCAGUGAAUUUGAAAACUGUAAUACUGAUGCUUCACAUCGAAGUCCUAACUUCUCUGCUGACAUUAACACUGAUCAGCAGACUUCUCGGAAAGACACUGCUGUACAGACAGAUGACUGUACUACUUCAGCAUACAUUGAUGCAGCUGAGGAAAGAACUUCAUGUUGUGGGUCACCGGAUAUUUCCAUAGAAUAUAAAGAAACCUCUAAUAGCAAAAAAUAUCAGAAAGAAAUGCAGUAUACAGAUAAAAACAGAAUUUCAGGACAAGAGAAUGGUGACAUCCACAGUGAGCUGUAUGAACAAUAUGCAAGAAAAGAAAGACAAGUUAAACCUUCAGAAAAACUUGGCAAAAGACCUGACUGGAACAUAAACAAGCCUGAGAAAAGAUACAUUCCAGCAUCAGAAAGAUACCCCAAACCACUGCAAAAACAAAGGGAAGAAAAUAAAGUAAGACGACAAAUGGAGCUGCUUCAGUUGGUAGAAAGAAAUACGCCUGGGAAUCUCUACCAAAAAAAGGGUUGUUGCUCAGAUGGGUCUCCUUCACCUCAUGAAGAACUGAAGAAUAAGGGACAUAGAAUCAGAAAGGAAGAACAACUCCGUAAGAAUCAUUUGAAUGAAGAAAGAUUUGACUCACCACCUGUUCCAGCGGUUAAGAAUAGAUUACAAGUACAACAAAAACAGAUAUGCACCAGGAAAUUGGAAGUAUAUAACAGUAGAAGAGAGAAAAAUACCAAGGCAGAUGUGCAGCAGAAGAGCUUCCCUCCUGCGCUUCCAGAAGCUGGACGACCUCCUUCUUCACAGUUCAUUCCAUACGUUCGAACAAACGAAGUGUAUUAUCUCGAUCCAGAUGCACCAGUGACCAGACCUUCAACACACGACCCACAGUAUCGGCAGUGUAAUGAUUCUUACCAAGUGCCACGACAGAUUUUUAGCUCUGAUCACACUAGAGAUCCUCUUCUAAAUCCUGAUGUAGUUAAAAUAAGAGAGAGACAACAAGCGAUUCUGAAAGGACUGUCAGAACUACGGCAGGGCCUCCUGCAGAAGCAAAAGGAGUUGGAGUCAGGUCUAAUUCCUGUUAAAGCUCAAGAAGAGAACUUUAUUUCACCAUUCUGAAAGAAUGGUCCUUGUGCUGCCUGAAGACACGUCCCUUUAGUAUAGACACCAAAAGACUGUGAAAAGUUGCUACCUGGAUUGUUGUGGUACUGUGCUAUUUUUUUUUAAUAAAUAAGAUUCACGAUUCAUUGUGAACGGCUUUAAGAGAGGGGAUAGAUAUUUUUAAAUACAGGAAACAGAUUGUACUUUAUUAUCCAUUAUAUUAUCAUUAUAUUCAUUAUUUACCACCGCAGAAAUGCUGUCUCCCACCCCAACUGAAAGAGGAUAGUGACACUUAAUAUGGUAAUGGACUGAGUCCACGACAGCAGAAUUCAGUUUAAAGAAGUCAGCUUAAAAACAAAGGUCUGAACAGCUCAGCAUUCAAUGCUUCCUCCUUCCUGGAGUUAAACAUUAGAUUCAUUUCCUUUUGGGCUUCAAGAUACAGGACAAUUUGAGGUAGAAGUAUUUUUCUUCUAGAGGUUCUGCAGAAGGUGCCUAAUCUGAAUUCAUUUUAGUUGAGAUACAUGAUAAAAUACUACAAAACCCCCAAACUGAGUUUUUUCAGCAGCAACUGUUCUAAAAAAUAGAAUAUGAAAGUAUCUUACCAGCAGCAGAUAAGGGAAUGAAAGCAGACUCUGUCCUCUCCACUUGCAUGCCAAGUCUCGUACAAGGUGAGCCCACAGUUGACGACGGACUUGGAAGAAUGGUUUUUCACAAAGUCCAUUCAAGUUUGUCGAUAAAGAGACAAGAGUACUUACAUGCAAGUGGUAAGGGGCAGAGGUAUAUACCAGUCUUGUCAUGGUUUGUCCUUAAUUUAAGGAAGUGAGUCAAACAAGCAUUCAAGACUGCUCUUACAAAGCCUAUAAAUUUUAACCAAUUCUAUAUAGGCCAACUAACUUUGAGUUUACAGUUCUGUAGUUUCAAACACUAUUACCCAUUUCUAAACCACCCGUCAUUCAAACACUAAGAUCAAAUUACAAAACAGCAAAGAAAUACGUUAGACAAUUUGAAAACAAGUAAACAUAGAAGUCAGCACAUUAGCAUAUGUAAAAACACAAAUUGUACCAAGGGUAGCAGUGAGACAACCCCAGCUGUGUACCUUCAAGUUACUGUUACCCAGCAGCCUUAGUGAGAUGAUGCAUCAGCUGAGUCAAAGACUUGCCUCAGGAAAGUAAGGUUAACUCAGCACAUGUGAAAUUUGAAAGGUCAAGCUAAAAAAAAGAUAGAACUCUACAUGCAGAAUAAUACCAAAUCUAAGAAGCAGGAAAGCACCAGGAAUCACUGUGCAGGAGGAAGUAGGGCAGGAGGCAGGUUGAAUUACUGAGGUCACUAAAACAUCCCUGCUGCAGUUAUAAGGGGAAGAUACAAGUUUUAAGAUCAUUCUGAUAUUGCUCUAGUAAUUACACCAAGUGAACUGCUAGUUGUAAAGUUUGGCUACGUUUCUUUUGUAUUUUGAAGACAGCAUAAAAACCACAGACAAGGCAGCGUGUUAGCAAGUCCCUUGUGCAUUAACAGUUUAUUUCGUUUCUGUAAUGGAACUGCACCAUUUGUUAAUCUACUUGAGGUAUUUUGCCAAAAUGCAGUAAAUAAAAUAACUACACUGCCUUAUAGCUAUGUAAAAACAUUCGUACAAAAUUGUGUCAAAUAAAUACAUACGUUUUGAUAUUUAUGUAAAGAAAAGUGAAUUGGAUACUUACAGUUAAAAAAACUCGCCAUUUCAUAUAUUUUAGGCAAACAUUCAAUUUUACAUUAAAACAGACUUCAAACUGAAACCUAUGUACAGGUCAAAUACAAACGUAGAAACUUAAAAGUGCCAACAACCAAGAUAAUUCAAGUACAAUAAAUGUUAAAAAUAUAUAUUUAUUUCAGUUUUCAGAUGCUUCCAACAGGUGCAGGCCAUCACGGUUUAAAUAAGAUCAGAAAAAACUUUGAGAUAAAGGACAAGAAAUGUUUUGUUCCAGAAUAAAAUAGAAAUUGUUAAUCCAACAUUUUAGAAACAGGAAGUCCACAGCAACUUAUAAAAAAGACAAGUUUAUUUCCGUUUUGAAUAUGGCCUGGAAGAAUCACAGUUUUUAUCCCAACCACCAGGCAGUGACGAUUUCUCUGUAUCCCUGCUCUGACUGUAAGCAGAUAGAAAAUAACUGCCCCCUUCUUGGUUUUGACUUGUAGAAGGUGGGUAUGUUGUUCCCAGGAAAGUCUGAUGGGUGAGCACAUUAAAGUGACUGAACUGAUGAGACAUGUUUAAUGGUCUGCUGUAAACCUGGAAAUUAUUGAAAGGAGCUCGUUCAACUGAACUGUGUUUUUCUCCUUCAGCAGAGCGCGUUGUAGAAACCGGAGUAACUGGCUGUCUCUCUUCCAUGUCAAUUUUAGAAGACUUUUCCAUCAAACUCUUUCGUGAUUCAGGAGAUAACUCUGACACACAGCUCUUUUUUGCAUCUACUGCCUGUGAGCUCUCGGUCUCAGUCUGCAAAGUUUCCAAAUGGGUAUCAUAUUUAGAGGCAUCAUUGCAGAUUUCUAUUUGUGAUGCUUCAUCCCCUGAAUCCAGAGACAUGUCCUCCUCAUCCUUUACAUCAUUUUCUACAUGAACUGCAUUAAAAAAAGAAAAAGAAAUUCCUAUUCUAUUGAAAUACAAACUUUUGUUAGAAAAUUUACACACUACUCACGGAGUGUUAUGCUUCAGGUCUGCAAGUCCAGUAUCAUUUAAGUCUUGGUCUUCUGCCACUCUUGUUCACUUACUCAACAUACACACUUAACCCUCUGAUUCCAGUUAUUCCGAUGCUAAAAGCUUCUGAGAAUUGUGUUCAUGUUUAGUGUUGGGAAACCCCAACUCCAAUGGGGUUUAUGUCAAAACAGCAUCUAAAGUUACACAGGAGGUCAGUAUUUGAUCAGACAAUUAAAGGACUACAACUCCCGCCACCUCAGGUGUUUGUCUAGUUUCUGAGCCACCUUAACGAUGACAGCUUAUCCUUCUGAAAACAGACAGCCACACCUUUUUGGCAUAUGCCUGCUUUCCAGGAUAGCUUGUUAGCCUGUAAUUCUGUAUUUAAGAUCUCCUUUGGUGCUCCAUCCCCGCUGCUGUUCCCCCUUAAUUUAAAGCAGUAGCUUAAGAGCUGGGCUGGGUUUUCUUUACAAUCUCUCCCAUUCACUUACACAAAGACACUAAUUCAAGGACCUCCACCCCACACCUCUAAUUAGCUGAAGAAAUGAUGAAUGUUUUUAAUGUAUUACCUGAUUGUCUUUCCUGAGCAGAGGGAGAUGGGCUGUCUUCUUCAUUAACUGAGUUGUGAUACCCAACAAGACUUGUAAAAUUUUGCAUGAAGUCAUCGACAGUAGCAACAACUAUGCCAUUAUCAGCAUAAUUUGAAAGUGGCUUGAGAUUCUUUUCUAAAUACAUAGAAGGACACUUUGUAUUACGAUUUAGCACUACUACCGUAAGAGGGAGAAAGAUAGUCAUAUUUGUUUGUAACCUGUUAAGAAGACAACGUGUCGCUGUUGUAUGUUUUGAGACUGAAGCCUGAUAAGACAUUCUAAUUCUGGUGCAUUUCGAGUUUGUGAAUCACAGUUAUGGUAAGACAGAAUUUCAACCAAGUGCUUCUUCUGAUAGGUGUUCAGCAGGGUCAGCAGACUCAGGGCGUUAGCAUUCAGUCUGUGAUGGAAAAAAAUAUCAGACAUUUGAUGUAAGGUCACUCUAAAC